UUUGCCAUUGCUAUCAACUUAACCUGCGGAUAUACAUCCUUAACAAUUUGAACGCGGAGCCGGAGGUAUAAAACAAUGCGUUCACCAGUUCAUGAGAUCAUAUGCUGUGCAGUGCGCGAUAAGUGUGGAUCGUGAAAUAACAGCAGUUUAUCAAGCAAUUAUGUCGCUGGUGUUAAGUACACUUUUACUUGUCAUCUUAGCAGGGACAGUUCCGGCCAUUCCUACAUUCGACCCUCUGUCUACUGAAUGUACAACUAAUUCGGAAUGUACAUCAAGUUAUUGCUGUUUAUUAGGACCUUCAAGGUACUCCGUACCGUACUGUAUGCCGUUUCAACAGAAGGGCGAACAAUGCCGAGUAAACGCUGAUACUAUUACGGCUAAUUAUACUUAUCCAAAUGAUAUGCAAUUAGAACUUAAGGAUGUCCAUUUCAUUUUAUGUUCUUGCGCAAACGGAUUAUUCUGCAAGCGCGGUAUCUGUGAAUAAAAGUGCAUUUAUCAACUGAAGUAUGAUUGAAAAUAUUUGUAAGAGGCGAAUUGCUCAGGGAGAAAUAUAUCGUGGCGAAAUAGUUUUAGUUGCAUAGAUUUAAACCAUUUGACCGUCAUAAUCAAAUAACAAAAUAUUAAUAAUUAAACACAAAAUAGUCAAAUACUAAUUGUAAUUACAGCUAAUAAUUUGAAAUAAGAUUCUCUAUUGUACACGAUUAAUAUUCAUUUAUAUAAAUAGUAUUAUUGUUAUACACAAGAUAUAUUUUUAAAAAUAUUACAUUUAUAGCAAGAAAUGUUUGACAAAAAUGUUUGUCAAGAUUGUUGAGAAUAGAGAAUAGAAAGAAAGAGAAUACUAUUUUUAUAAUAUAUUGAGAGAAAUAAUAUUACUCUCAUAACAUUAAUGUAAAAGUUUUUCAUGGAAUAAUAAUGCUGUUCAACAGAGAUCAGAAUGUACAUUAAGUUUGAAGAUAUUAUAUAUACUUAUCAUGUGAUCUGACUUUUAAACGCAUCUGUGAAACAUGUUUGGAAUCAUGUAUGUAUGUCACGCAUUAAUCAUUUAUUCAUUUUACCGAAGAUCUUAUAAGUUUAUAUACAUAUAUGAUUAAGUAAUUAAUAAAUAUUUAAAAAAAUAA